GGCAUUGAGACUUUUUUUUUUUUCCUUAAGGCCUUGAGUUACAUUUGUUCAGUUGAUUUUUCUGUCUCAAGCAAAGGAAGUGAAAAUUCCACAAAUUAUUUUUAAAAAUCAGAAUGUGUGUUGCUUUUAAUGUUGCUGCAAAUUCUGUAGGAUUUUUGGAUGCCAAGUAAAAUCUUGUAUCAUUGUCAAAGUACUGGCACAGGUUGCCUGCGCAGAGAAGCUGCCCCAUCCUGUUAAACAUUUGAGGCCAGCUUGGAUGGCACUCUGAGCAACUUUGUAGUGGAAGGCAUCCAUGUGCAUGGCUGGGGUUUGAAACUAGUCAAUCCUUGAGGUAGUUUCCAAUCCAGACCUUUCUGUGGUUCUGUGGCUCUACGUUGCCCUUCUCCCCAGCCUCCAGUGGUCAGCACCGUGCCCAGAACAUGGAACCAGUCCCUCUGUGACAUCAGCUCCAGGGCCAAGGGCACUGUGGCAGUGCAGAUUCUGUGGGCACUGCGUUGGCAGCUGCACUGGAGUGACAAGCUCUCUCUCCUUGCAGCUGACUCGUGUCUUCGACCACAAUGAUUUUGCUGUGCAUCCUCAUCCUUCUGGCCCUGUGCAGGCCUGCACAAGGCACCUGUGGGCAGACCUGUGGGCUCCGGCCCAUGGGUACUACCGUGGGCUCAACACGCGUCGUGGGCGGCACAGACGUCAUGCCGGGGACUGGAGCCUGGGCAGGCAUUGCCAGCGUCCGUUGCUACUGGAACCCGCCGGUAUCUGUGCACGUCUGCGGAGGGACCCUCGUCGGCGCACAGUGGCUCCUCACAGCUGCCCACUGCUUUGUCAACCGCACCAACCCCCUCAGCGAGUGGGCCAUUGUGCUUGGGGCCACCUCCUUGGGCCAGUCAGGCCCUGAUGUGGAAGUGCGCCGGAUUAAGCGUCUGGUCAUUCAUGAAAAAUACACUCCUCAACUUGAGUAUAAUGACGUCGCCUUGCUGGAAUUGGACCGUCCAGUCCGGUGCAGGUCUUCUAUCCAGACUGCCUGCCUGCCUGGUCCUUCGGUGAAAGUGUCGGACCUGAAAAACUGUUACAUUGCUGGCUGGGGUGACAGAAUUGUCAAAUCAUCGGGAAGAGAUGUCCUGCAGCAGGCCAAGGUCCAAGUGGUGGAUAAACAACUCUGCAACAGCAGCGACUGGCUGCAGGGGUACAUCUACGACUUCCACGUGUGUGCUGGGCAAGGCGGUGUUGGCACCUGCCAGGGUGACAGCGGCGGGCCUCUUGUCUGCCAAGAUAGGCAUGCUGGCUUCUUCUGGCAAAUUGGCGUGACCAGCUGGGGAGUAGGCUGUGCCAGACCUAAACGGCCUGCAGUCUCCAGCUCCACUCAGUACUACUACAACUGGAUCUGGAGCACAAUGGGAAGAAAGCCAGCACCAGCAGUUGCUCCAGCGCCAGCACCGCUGCCAACCUACACCGCAGCCCCCCUGCAGACAGUAACUCCAAAACCAACACAACCCUGUCCAUUUCCACGUGAAAAGCUGCAGCAAUUCUUUGAUCUGCUGAAGGAUAUCUUGCGGUACCUAAAGGAAAAGAUGUUAUGAACUGCAGAAUGGACCACCUGCAGUUCACACUAUAAUGGGCUACAACCCUUUCCUUCUGAGUUACAUUAAUUGAAAUUUCAUUAAACUGAAUUAAAUUUUAAAUUGCAAGCAAAAAAAAAAAAAAAAAAAAAAAAGACCUGUAUUUUCUACUCUGAGAAUACUCUCCAUCCAAAUUUUAUAAAAUCCUACUGGCUUGAUCACUGCCCAAGCAGCCUUUAACUCAGGGAACCCUUCACCCUCAUCUAGGAAGAACUUGGCUUCACUCUCCUUUCUGUACAGUUCAAUGCCUUCCCUACAGAUAUUAAUAUAUCUACAGUGGAAAAGUAGCAUCCGGCACCUUAAGUCUGCAACAACAAGUGCAAGAAACACAACACUAGGAAAACGAGAGAAAGGGAAAAAAUGGGUGCAGAUGUUGCCCUGUCAUUAAGAAUGUGAAACCCUUCUCUGCACUAAGGAUGAUUUUUUUUCCCUAUCAGAUGGUAGCUGGGCUUUUUGACCAAUGUAGAAACCUAGGCAGUAAAGAAGUAACACAUUGCUAUGCCCUAAACACCAACAGCCAUCAAGCAGGCUAGUUAUAACAGGAUGUGCCUGGAAAGGGGAGCCAUAUGAAGGUAAGGCAGCACCAUUCUGGAGCUGAAUUUCCUGUUCCAGUCCAUGGUGACCACACAACAUAAAGGACAAUUUAAGUGCAGGAGUGGGGUCAAGGACCAAGCAAGACCAAUAGAGGGAGAAUCAAGACCACCAAAACCCACAAAGCCCCCCAGCCCAUUUCCAGAAAGAUCCAGAAUUCUGGGCUGCACAUGCUAACUCAUUUGUAUGAAGAGUGAGGAACCUAAUCUCCAAAUGGGGAAAACUUACCUAUAAAAAUGUACCAGAAGGGUGGCCUUCUCUCAGGACCCUGAACACCUGUUGGGUGGAUCAAUGCUGGACCCAGGACCAUGAACUUCUUUCCUCUCCUACCUGAUUUCUUUUCCCCUUCUUCUUCCCUCUAUUCUUUUAUUCUUUUUUUUUCCUCUUACUAUUAGAAGAUAGUGGCAAAACACAUACCAAUUGCCAUGCUGAGUGUGUAGUUUGUUAAUAAAAAUUGGUGAGGUUUUUUUG